AUGGUUGCGGAGGCUGCCGGCGACGAGGCUGCCACCCCGCCCAGGACCGCGCUCACGUUUCUGGAUCUCCCGGCCGAGACUCAACAGGAGAUUUUGUCCCAUUGUUCCCAGUCAGAUCUGAUAUGUUGCGCGCUCGUCUCCCGGCACUUCCACGACCUCGCCUCUGCUCAGCUCUACCGCAGCUUCAACAUUCUCUUCCCAGACGACGAUGAUGUCAGAUUCGAGUCACCCAUCGACGGCCUCGCAGGUGGCCUUGACACCUUCACCACGAGCGAGUACAACUAUGCCAAGCAUCUCAGGGAACUGUCCAUGGAUACGGUGAGCACUGGCAUUAAGGCUGAACAUGCUUAUAAGCCCUAUCUAUACAGUGCUAGUUGCGGCAAGUUUCUGAACACUCUUCUCUACCUGACCCUGAAGAAGGCCAAGUCGCUCGAGACCUUCAGGUGGAACAUCCGAGUCGAACUCAGUAGACCUGUCUAUCGAGAACUGCACAAGAUCAGGACAUUGACCAAAUUCCACAUUCGCAUGCAGGCUGGAGAGACCUAUUACAUGACGCCGCCCCCUCUUCCACUGGUCAUUGACGACCCUCCACCAGUGGCUGCUCAUUACUAUGACAUCCCUCCGCCUCCGCCCCCACCUGUCUUCUCAGCUCCUCUCACUGGCGUGAACUCGGGACCGGUUUUGAGCGCUUCGCCGCCAUCCAUGCUGCCCCUGUCGAAGCAGUUUUCCAAGUCAAAGGCUGGAAAACGUGGGUCAGAGGCUCAAGAGCCCCCAACACUUUCAGGAUUCAAGCGACUAAAAAGCCUCUCCGUCCUUGAUAUAGACAGUCUCGAGUCGGUAACUGAGCUGAAAGCAUGUGUCAGAAACUCAGCCUCGACCCUGACUGAGUUGCACCUGUCCCUCUCCGAGUCCAUGGCGUUGCAGGCGAGGCGACCGCCGCCCGAUUCUGAUCCGGAUGAUUCCGAUGUCGACGACGAGUUCCAGGUUGUCCCCGCUUCUCAAAGCACCAAUUUCGAUGCAACUGGCCCUGCAAAGACAUUCCGUUCUCAAGAGGAGCGCAAGCUUCAAGAAGCCAUCCUAGGAAAGAUCUUUGAUGUUGAAUCAUCAAUCACCAAGAAACCGGCAUUGCAUCACAGCCCCCGGGAUGUGGCGUGUAGCCAGCCAGAAGGCCAGGAGACGGACAACAAUGGCAAUUCGGUCGACCCUCGUGAUGAAUUUGUGUCGUCUAUCAAGAGUGUGUCCUCAAGGUUGAUGUCACAUGUCAACGGCUCGCGUGACUUCACCUCUGCGCAGCAGGAUAUUUUGGAUAUGAUCGAAAAGGCUGCAAGAAAGUAUGCAGACUCUUGCGAACAGCCAUCUCAACAGCCCGAUGGACCAUCUGAUAGCAGCUCAGCGGCGCCCAAGGAUGGAGAAGAGCAACCAGCCAAGAAAGAUGCCAGUUCGGACUCAGAGGCCAAGACUUCGGUAACCUUGCCUGAUCGAUCCAAAAACAAGGGCCCUAGUGGCGAUUUGUCGCCCGACGAUAUCGAAAUCGAGCAUUUGGAUAUGGUGGAAGACAUGGAUGAGGAGUCCGAUGAACAGCAAACCAAGGAUUCAGAUGACAAGCAACCUGAGCCACAGCCCCAAGAAACGUCGGAGCCGGCUUCUUCCUCAAAGACACCACCGAAGACGCCACCUACGAUCUCUAAAUCCGGCCUCAGGAAACUGUUCGAAGCACUAGAUGAUCAGCGAUCGGAUUAUGAGACGUUCCUGUUGAAUCUGUCGCACCUUCAGAAUGACAUUAUUUCACUCAAUCAGAGGAUCACUACACUGCUGGCUGACAGCAAUGGGGUGGAUAUCGAGCAGGUCAUGGAAGCAGAGGGCCGCAUGAAGAGACUCAAGCAGUGCGUUUUGGACGUUGAGCGCGAGAUAAGGGCAACCGACGCCGAAGUCCAUAAAGUCCAGAAAGAACUCAAGGAAAAGCCACUGGCAAACAGUGCUGAUCUGCAACAGUCGAUGGACGACUAUAUCCGAGAAACACGCGGAAUCGCCCUUGAAACACUGGGAAUUCACCUCAUCCCGGUCAAAGCCUCUGUCCUGUCGAGGGCCAUUGACCUGAGGUGCAUCAGGAACUUGACCCUCCUCAACGUGGGAAACCAGAGCCCAAUCUGGACGAUGCUUUCCAAGGAGAACAAGAUUCACCCGCUGGCGUUGCGGAGCGUCUUUACGGACAAUGUGUCGACGGCAUUCCUCACCUGCAUGUCGCAGCUGGAUGAGCUUCACGACCUCUUCAUGCUGGAACGAAGCCCCAAGUUCAAGCCCGAGAGCUUCGCUCCUCGAACUACUGUAACGAUUGAUCAGAUUCGUCGACUGGUGCUGAAGAAGCACAUGCCCACACUCAAGAGGCUCAUGAUCAAGGACGAGUCCAACAGCUCUGUCUGGGAUGCCAACCAGAAGGCAAUGAUUCUCAUCUGCAACCGCGGAGCACAGCUAGAGGAGCUGGCUCUGAGUAUGAACAUCCACGCGGUGCAUGCCUUUAUGCAAUACUUUGCUGGGUUGGUCAACCUUCGUGCCAUCAAUAUCCUUCGAUUCAGGAACAAUGACACUUGUAUCUGGGUCAUGCGCGAGAUUCUCAACUUUAUCGUGGACAACCUCUCACACCAUCCCGAGUUGAAGCUGGAGUGGAUUGCAAUGGAAGAUGACAGGCUAGACCGAGUGAUCAGGCCUUCAGACACUCCUGAAGAGGCGCCCAAGAGGAGAGACAAGGGUAAGGAAAAGCUGUCUAUGGGCCUUCACCAUAAUGACAGUGCUCUCCCCGUGCUGCCGACUUGGGCAUCCGACAGUGAAAGCGAUGACGAUGACGACGACGCGUCAAACUGUGGAAAGCGACUUCGGCUCAAAACAGUUGGGGUGUUGCAGUUUUUCGAAGUUUGGGGGGUCAGGAUCUUUGACAAGGAGAUUCGGACUGGACGACUGUAA